GUUGUUUGAGCAUUUUUCUAAUUGUCAAUCAUAUAUGAUAGAAUAGCUUAUUAUUGGAUCACUGAUUUUGAAUUUUCAGGCAAUAGACGAGAAGAUUCGGGAGCUUUCAAAUUGUCACAUUGUUUAUCAAGGAAUUGAUUUUCAGAAGAAAGAAGCAGGUAUUCCUAAAAAUCCAAUUAAAGUUGAGGACAUUCCUGGUCUCAAGGAUGCUGGUUGGACUCCAGACCAAUGGGGCCACUCAAAAUUUAGGACAACAAAUGCUUCAGAGCGCCAGCAGCUUAAUAAUUUCAUGCGAAAUCUUCUAAAGCUCAUGUUUGAACAUCCUGAUGCAUGGCCAUUCAAGGAACCAGUAGAUGCUCGUGAAGUGCCUGAUUAUUAUGAUAUUAUAAAAGAUCCUAUGGAUCUAAGGACCAUGUCUAAGAGGCUAGAGUCAGGACAGUACUACGUGACCUUCGAGAUGUUUGUGGCUGAUGUGAAGAGAAUGUGUGGAAACGCACGCACCUACAACUCCCCAGAAACAAUAUAUUUCAAGUGUGCAAAUAGGCUGGAAAACUUUUUCACAAGCAAGGCCCAAGCUUACAUUCUUCAAAUUUCAAGCAAGAGUUCGUAGGAAUUACGCAUGUAAUUGUGGCUUGCUCCAUUGCUGGUGUGCCUUCUGGGUUAUAGAGGAUGCUUAUUAUUCUACAUCAACUAUUUUCCGAGUUCAUUUAGGUCAGUGGUAGAUUUGCUAGACUAUUGAAAAUUCUGGUUUUUCAUUUUUUUAUUGUGCCAGUUUUGUUGUAAAUUAUAUAAGAAACUUGCUAUCUAUGGGACACUGAAAAAUGGUCAAGGAUGUUCAUUGCAAACCUCGAGUAGAAUUGUACA